AUGGAGCAGUUGAAAAAGAUGUCUGCAAGAUGGGUUCCCGAUGAAGCAUGCAGGCCUAUCAUUGAUGCUGCACCAGUGUUUUAUCCAACUGUUGAGGAAUUUGAAGACACACUUGCCUACAUAGAAAAGAUUCGUCCCGAAGCUGAAUCAUAUGGUAUAUGUCGGAUCGUUCCACCACCUUCUUGGACUCCACCUUGUCUUCUUAAAGACAAAGAUAUAUGGGAACAUGCUAAAUUUUCAACUCGAAUUCAGCAAGUUGACUUACUUCAAAAUAGGGAGCCAAUGAGAAAGAAGAGUAGAAGUCGAAAGCGGAAGCGCAGCAGACAUUCAAGAAUGGGAGCCACUAGCAGACGUGCCAAUUCUAGUUCAGAAUCUAAGAUAACUUAUGAGGCUGAUGAGCAGUUUGGGUUCCAUUCAGGAUCAGACUUCACUCUUGAAGAAUUUCAGAGACAUGCAGAUGAAUUUAAGGAGAUGUACUUUCGAAGGGAUUCAAAGCCUCCUGUGGAUGAAUGCAGGAAAUGGGAGCCGUCUUGGGAGGAUAUUGAAGGUGAAUAUUGGCGGAUAGUAGAGCAGCCAACAGAUGAGGUUGAGGUAUAUUAUGGAGCUGACUUGGAAACAGGAACCUUUGGCAGUGGGUUUCCUAAGGCAUCAUCAUCUAUGUUGACUGGAACUGGAAGUGAUGCAUAUAUAUAUGCAAUGUCAGGUUGGAACCUAAAUAAUUUGCCACGGCUGCCAGGUUCAGUGUUAUCGUUUGAAGGAUGUGAUAUAUCUGGAGUUGUAGUGCCAUGGCUCUAUGUUGGGAUGUGCUUCUCAUCAUUUUGUUGGCAUGUUGAGGACCACCAUCUGUAUUCACUAAACUACAUGCACUGGGGUGAUCCAAAAAUAUGGUAUGGAGUGCCCGGAAGCCAUGCUUCCUUUUUGGAGGCUGCAAUGAGAAAGCAUCUGCCUGAUUUGUUUGAAGAACAACCGGACUUACUUCAUGGAUUGGUUACUCAACUAUCUCCUUCAGUUCUGAAAGCUGAGGGUGUACCAGUCUAUCGAGCUGUACAACGUUCUGGGGAGUUUGUUCUUACCUUUCCGAGGGGAUACCACUCUGGAUUUAAUUGUGGUUUCAACUGUGCAGAGGCAGUGAAUGUUGCUCCUGUUGAUUGGCUAGAACAUGGUCAACAUGCAGUGGAGCUCUACAGUGAGCAGCACCGAAAAACAUCGCUGUCCCAUGACAAGCUGCUCUUAGGAUCGGCUAGGCAAGCUAUUAAAGCUCUCAGGGAGUUAUUUGUUCUUGGCAGAGAAACUCCAGGGAAUUUGAGGUGGAACCGUGUCUGUGGGAAGGAUGGAAUGCUUACAAAGGCUGUUAGGAUGAGUGUGCAGAUGGAGGAGAAAAGAGUGAAGUGCCUUAACCCUCAUUUACCCUUGCUAAAGAUGGAAAAAGAUUUUGAUUUGGAAAAUGAGAGGGAAUGUUUCUCUUGCUUCUACGACUUGCAUCUAUCUGCCUGCAGCUGCAAAUGCUCUCCUGAGCGAUUCGCAUGUCUGAAACAUGUAAAGAAUUUCUGCUCAUGCCAAGAUGAAGACAGAUUUGUCCUCCUUCGCUACACCAUCGAUGAAUUGCAAAUGCUAGUCAAAGCCCUGGAGGGAGGAUUAGAUGCUGUGAAAGUAUGGGCAUCUGAAGAUCUUGGGUUGGUUUCUGUUAAUGAUUGCGACGCUCAUUUGUCUAAGGUGGUUCCGGAUGUUCCUUCCGAAGCAUUGCCGUCAGAGUGCCAGCAUGGGACUAAAUUAAAUGGUUCUCUCGCUUUAGAUAGUCAUACCAACGUCUUAAAUGUUGGAGUUCUUCUCCUGGAAAACAGAGUGAAUUUGGAUCAGGACGCCUGCAUUGACUUGAAGCUUGACAUCAUAUCUGAUCAUACUGCAAGCAAGUCAAUGUACUCUUGUGAUAGCCCUAAUAACAAAGUCACUGAUGUCGAUACACUGUUCCCCUUUUUUAAGCAAGAGAAAAGUAGUGGCUUUGAUGAAGAAAGAGAACCUGAUCUAAAGAGGAUCAAAACUGACCGGCAUAUCAAACAUUGA